CAUGACAUCAGAGUUUUCGUCUCAAUUCCGACUUUGUACAAAUCCAGGUUGCACUUAACAAAAAGGUACUGAGAAAAUGACCAAGAUGGAUAUUAUUCAGCGCUCCAUUACUCUAAAUAGACGUACUAAGGGCUUUUACAUAGUCACGAGUGAAAUCACCAGCAAGUUGCCCGAGCUAAAGAGUUUUUCCAUGGGAACAUUGAACUUGUUUAUUCAACAUACCUCUGCUGCUCUCACCAUUAAUGAAAAUUGGGACUCAGACACUCGGGAGGAUCUGAGCGAUAUCAUGGACAAGGUCGUACCUGAAUCCUCUAGCUAUCGUCACAAUGCCGAGGGUUUAGACGACAUGCCUGCUCAUGCCAAGUCUAGUUUGAUUGGACCUAGUCUUACAGUCCCUAUUACAAAUGGACAGCUUAAUUUGGGCACUUGGCAAGAUAUCCAACUUGCAGAAUUUCGCAGAUCUCCUCACUCUCGUACGAUCGUUUGUACGAUCCAAGGCUUGAGAUCCUAAAAAUUAUAAUGGAAGGGAAUGAAUGAGCUAUAAAAUUUGACAAUGAAAUAAGUUUUGCUUCGAGUCAACGUUUAUUUGCCUAUUUAAAACUAUUAGAAAAAAAGAAAGAAAAAUACAUUAGCAGUAUAUGUAUUUAAAACUAAUCCAUAAGAUGUCGAGACUUGGAGAUUUUUGUCGCUUUAUUAAAAAAAGCAUAUGAAGGAAAAAAAAAAACCCAUCCACGCGUAACCUAAGUAUUGUCUGAUCUAACAAUCUCAUUAUGACCCAUAAAAACGCCUGGAAUUUCACCUUGUAACGACAUUUCAUCCGCACAGAAGCCGUCGCGCAUGGUUAAUCUAUAGGGAUACAAAAUUUUGGGUUCACCACGAUGAAUGGUCGUUUUGAGGAUAUCAUUCUCAACCUCAAUGAGUGUACAUGUCAGCAAAUCGACCAUGGGUUCCGAUGCGGGCAUUUUGAGGAUAUACUCCUUGUUAACAGAUCCAUAAUUCGUAAUGAAGGUAAUAACUGGUCCUUUGUACAUCAGCAUCAGAUUAUCUCCAACAGCAACAGCAUGUGUACGGGUACGGAUCCACUCCUCGCCAUCCUCGGUAUUUAUUAAAGCUCUGCGAAUACCAUUCACUUUGGUUGUGUACUUGUAUAAAGGACCCUCGGUAUCAUACCCAGUUAUCCACAAUGCCGGACGAUUGAGUGGAUCAUGUGUUCCUUUCAGCAUCUGUUCUUGUCCAUAAAAUACUAUAGGAAUGCCAUCCGACAUGAGGUUAAGCGUCAUGGCAUUUUUCAACACAUUAAAGUCAUUGUUAAGAGCCGCCAGUCGGGGUGCAUCUUGAGAUUCCAGGAAAAGACCCAAAAGAGUGCUAUCAACGCAAUGAUGAGCAACCAAGUUCAUCGCAAUUGAUGUUUUCCUUAGGGCUCUAUCAUUGACCGGAACAACUGCUUCCGCAGCAACACCUUGUACAGGGAAAUUGUGCAAACCGUCCAUAUAUUCUUGCCAUUCACAGAAAGCAGCAGCUUCUCCAGUCCACUCUUCUCCUUGACAAUAUACGCCUGCUGAUUCACAAAAUCCAGGCCAAAACGUUUGGCGAACGUGUUUUGUAGCAUCGACACGCAAUCCAUCAAUCUUAAACUUUUGGACAUGAUCGUGGAUAUAGUUAUACAAGGUUUCAAUCACGAAUGGAUUCUCGGUAUCCACGUCUGGCAAGGUCACGUCUUCUGUACCGAUCCAGCAUUGUUCUAAAGAUAAAGGAUCGCUCUGGAUAAUUGGACACAUAGGAUGAUAGUGCUCUUCUUUGUUGAAUGGAUUAUAAGAACCAAAGUCGAUAUUUUUUGUAUCGGGAGCGCCCAUAUGGUUCACUACUGUAUCUACCAUCAAAUACAUCCCUCUUUCGUGCAAAGCAUCUGCUAAGUCGAUCAAGUCCUGUUCAGUGCCAAAGUGAGGAUUCACAGAAAAGAGAUCUUGCGGCCAAUAACCGUGAUAAGCCUCACCGUAUUUAGUUUUUCCCUCGAUGUUUUUAAUAACUGGGGAAAUCCAGAUGGCUGUGAAUCCCAUAUCUUGAAUGUAAUCCAGUUUAUUAAUGAUUCCCUUCCAAUUACCACCACAGUAGGAACGGUCCUCGGGAUCACAACCUACUGACUCGGUGGUUGCGAACCUGUCUGUUAGCAAUGAGUAGACUAUCUGCUUUCUCCAUCCGUGUUUGUCUAAAGCAUGGAUGGGGAUUACCCCUAUAAGUAAUGAUAGCACUUUGAAAAUCGUUUUCAAAAUUUUAAUGUGCUUCAUCCUCAAAGGUAAUUGUUCCAGAGAAGAGUGUUUAUACCAUGUCUGUUUAAAUAGUAGGUUUGUUUACAUAUACUUGGUUCAUGUGUUUUUUUUUUAUAAACACAGUGAAAGCACUCAAAAACAAACAACAGAAGAAAGUUUAAUGUGAAUUAUAUCACCAAAGUAUGCUUGGUUAUGCUUGCUUGGACUAUUUUUGAUUAUGAAAACCUAUAGAAAAGGAUGCUCAUUUAUGGAAACUGGAAUUUCACCCAAAACGACUUAGUAGUGAAAACAAGCCCACAGCAUUUGUAAGAAAGAGAGAAAUUAGUAACUUUUCAGUAUUUGUGCGAAUUCGUUUGGUGCAGUUUCAUGAAAUGCCAAUACCCAUUUAAUAUAGCUUUCAGAAUUAC